GGGCAUGGACGAGAGGGCCGGCUGGCUGCGCGCUCUCGCCUCCGACGGGAGUCAGAGAUUCGGCGCUCACGAGGACCGGGCGCGCGCAGCCGGCACACGGGCGAAAGUCCUCCGAGGCGCGGCGGGAGGUGCCGAGGCACAGGCGCUGCUGUAGGAGUCGCGGCCAGCACCCUCGCUGCAGCGCCCGCUGCCGCCAGCGGUCCCCGCGCCCCCCGUGCCUCCCACGCACCAGGGGAGUCCGCCAACCCUCGCCUGCUCCCGCGGUGCGCGCGAUGGCCCCGCGCAAGAAUGCCAAGGGCGGCGGCGGCGGCGGCGGCGGCAACAGCAGCAGUAGUAGCGGCUCCGGCAGCAGCAGCGGCGGCGGCAGCAGCAGCCCAGGGGCCCGGAGAGACACAAAGCAUGGAGGACACAAGAAUGGAAAGAAAGGACUGUCUGGAAGUUCUUUUUUCACAUGGUUUAUGGUCAUCGCUUUGCUGGGGGUCUGGACGUCAGUAGCUGUUGUCUGGUUUGAUCUUGUUGAUUAUGAGGAAGUUUUAGGAAAAUUAGGAGUCUAUGAUGCUGAUGGCGAUGGAGAUUUUGAUGUGGACGAUGCCAAAGUUUUAUUAGGCCUUAAAGAAAGAUCUGCUUCAAAGCCAACAGUCCCACCAGAAGAAGCUGAGCCUUACCCUUGGCUGGAGGAACAGGUUCCCGAGGACACAGGACGUCAGCAUAUCGAAGAUGAAGUACAAGAAGAAAUUCAUUCCCCUCUGCAUGAAGCAGUAUACACGGAUCAUGCAGAAGACCUUCAACAGGAAGAAGACGGACCAGCAAGAGAACAGCAGCCAGAAGACGAUUUCCUUGUAGGAAGUGACGCGGAGGACAGAUUCGAGCCCCUGGAAACUGGGACAUUCCAGGAAGAAACUGAAAAUACUUACCAUGUAGAAGAGCCAGCUUCACAGGCCGAUAAUCAGGAUAUGGAAGAGACGACGUACGAACAGGAAAAUCCAGAUUCCAUUGAACCAGUAAUAGAUGAUGAUGAAAGAAUUUAUCCUGAUGCAGAUGAUGUAACAUAUCAAGACUAUGAUCAAAAAGUGUAUGAACCAUCGGACAGUGAAGGGAUAGAAAGUUCAGAUAAAGUAGAAGAUUCAAACAUAAUUUUAGAAGAAGUACGUGUGCCUCCAGCCGAAGAACAGCAGGAAAUACCACCAGAAACAAAUAGGAAAACAGAUGACCCAGGACGAAAAGAAAAAGUUAAGAAAAAGAAGCCUAAACUAUUAAAUAAAUUUGAUAAGACUAUUAAAGCUGAACUUGACGCUGCAGAAAAACUCCGUAAAAGGGGAAAAAUUGAGGAAGCAGUGACUGCAUUUGAAGAACUCAUUCGCAAGUACCCUCAGAGUCCACGGGCGAGAUACGGGAAGGCACAGUGUGAAGAUGAUUUGGCUGAGAAGAGGAGAAGCAAUGAGGUGCUGCGUAGAGCCAUCGAGACCUACCAAGAGGUGGCUGGCCUGCCAGAUGUCCCCGCAGACCUGGUGAAGCUGAGUUUGAAGCGGCGGUCAGACAGACAACAAUUUCUGGGUCACAUGAGAGGUUCUCUUGUUACCCUGCAGAAAUUAGUUCAACUAUUUCCUGAUGACACUUCCUUAAAGAAUGACCUUGGAGUGGGGUACCUCUUAAUAGGAGAUAAUGAUAAUGCCAAGAAGGUUUAUGAAGAGGUUCUGAAUGUGACACCUAAUGAUGGCUUUGCCAAAGUACAUUAUGGCUUUAUCCUGAAGGCACAGAACAAGAUUGCAGAAAGCAUUCCCUAUUUAAAGGAGGGAAUCGAGUCAGGGGAUCCUGGCACUGAUGAUGGACGGUUUUAUUUCCACCUGGGGGAUGCCAUGCAGAGGGUUGGGAACAAAGAGGCGUAUAAGUGGUACCAGCUUGGACACGAGAGGGGACAUUUUGCAUCCGUUUGGCAGCGUUCGCUCUACAACGUGAAUGGACUGAAAGCCCAGCCAUGGUGGACCGCAAGGGAAACGGGCUACACAGAAUUAGUGAAGACCUUAGAAAGAAACUGGAAGUUGAUCCGCGAUGAAGGCCUUUCAGUGAUUGAUAAAGCCAAGGGCCUCUUCCUAUCUGAAGAUGAAAACCUUAGGGAGAAAGGCGACUGGAGCCAGUUUACACUGUGGCAGCAAGGAAGGAAAAAUGAAAACGCCUGUAAAGGAGUUCCUAAAACCUGUUCUUUACUAGAUAAGUUCCCUGAGACAACAGGAUGCAGAAGAGGACAGAUCAAAUAUUCCGUCAUGCACCCAGGAACUCACGUGUGGCCGCACACGGGGCCCACGAACUGCCGGCUCCGAAUGCACCUGGGCCUGGUGAUUCCCAAGGAAGGUUGCAGGAUCCGAUGCGCCAACGAGACCAGGACAUGGGAAGAAGGCAAGGUGCUCAUCUUUGACGACUCCUUUGAGCACGAGGUGUGGCAGGACGCCACGUCUUUCCGGCUGAUAUUCAUCGUGGAUGUGUGGCACCCAGAGCUGACACCCCAGCAGAGACGUAGCCUUCCUGCAAUUUAGCAUGUCAUACAGUCUCAGGACACACGGGAGAAAGGCCGCCUUUCUGGUUCUGUCUCCUUGGGUGCGGGGCUGGGAAUUCAAACACCAAGGCCCUUAAUUCCCUUGAUUUUCGGCCUGAAAAUUUUUAAAUCUCCUCUUAGGGUUAGAAGACACUAAAGGGAAUAUUUGCCUCACUGCAAUUCACUUAGGAAAUACCCUGCUGUAUUUCUUCCCAUGACGGCACCAAUCUGGUGCCCGUAUUUCAGGUGAAUACAUGAUAGCUUCUACCUUGCCAGCCAAAGAUAUUUUUUCCAUUAAGAAUAGGCUAAAUCAGUGUACAUACAGUGAGAAUAUAUGUAGAAACUGUGAAUAGAUUGCUUUGGCUUGUAAUUUUUCUAUGCAAUUAUAUUUUUCUAGAGUAGCUAGAUGAUUUUGUCAUCACAUACCACUUUUUUGUUGUUGUUGUUAAUUUUAACGACAAGCUGUGUAAAUGCUUUACUUCUAGCUGUUUAAUGGCAACUUCCCUCAUGAACUGAGACUUCCCUCUUUUAAUUAUUUUUAGUCCAAUGCACUCAUGAAAAAAAGCAAUUUUAUUUUCCUACACAAAGAAGAAAGACAUAAUUAUGCCAGUCUCUAUGAACUGUACUGUUCCCUACCCAUCGAGUCUAUUUGCUUUCUUCAUCGAAAGCCAGUGUCUUAAUUUCUGUCCUCGCUAUGUGAAUGGAGGAGAUACUGUCGAAAUGACCGUUUCUAAGAGGAAGAUUUACACGAAAAAGGGACGUGGAAUUUUAUAUUGAGUUAUAAAAAUGCUACAUGAAAAAUUUUUUAAAUGCCAAGGAUUAAGUCUUGAGAAGAAAAAGUAAAAUUUCUGCAAGUAAAAGUUUCCUCUCGGGAUCUGGUAGGUAGGUGGCUGCUAGGACGUCUGGCCCCUGAUCCUUGUGCUGACGGGGUUGGAAUCCAGAGCAUCUUUGCCUACUGUGGGUCCACGUGAGUAACGGAGUCUUUGAGAGGAUUCCCAUCACAAUUUUGUAAAAAUAUGAAGGAUGGCAGAGUGGAAGACCCAAAAUGCCAGGAUUUUUGUCCUGAGCGUAGGAUGCUGAGAUUGCUUUCCCAUUUGAAAGAGUUUACAAGACACUUCCAGCUCCCUGGCUUGAGAAACCUUUGCCCUUUACACAUCACUUUGAAACAUUGCAAUUAUUAUCCACAGGGUAGCUUUAAUAUUAUCCACAGCAUAGAAAUAACAGUUGAAAAAUGAUCUUGCCUACUCUUUCCAAAGAUGGCCAGGUCAUUAAUUUAGAAUAUUAUGAACGCAUUAAAUUUUGUUUUCUAAAUUAAAGCUAAUCAGAAAUGUUAGUUGUAAGAAUGUAAUGUUAUUUGUGCACUGAAUUUUAAGCCAGUAUGAACAAAAAUGAUGAAAACUUGACACAUACGUUACCAAAUUUCAUUCACACGUAGAAAAAGCACUUGUGCUUUCUUUUCCAUUUAAGGUCAGAGGAGGAUGCUUUCUUUAUCUCAUUCUAAAAAAAAAAAAAAAAAAGUUCUUUAAAAUUGAAAUGGACCUCUUCUGCUUGUCCUUAAGCACAUUAGCUUCCAGAAGAGUUUGCAAAGUACUUUUUGUGUUCCCUUCUGUUUUGCCAAUAUUCAAAAGUCUCAGUAAAAUUGAUGAAGUAUGUGAGGAAAAAUAUCAAAAUUCAUUACCAAAGUGCAGGAAAAAAAGCAAACUCUUGAAAAAUAAAAAAAAGGUAUCUGUGUCCUUCAGUAUUUAUUGAACAAAGGAAAUGACCAACAAAGGACAAUACAAUCCAUUGCUCAUGUGAUAACAUUCAUGUCACUUAUCAAAUUUGGUUCUCGUAUGUUCAUACACGUUAAGAUAUUGAAAGUAUAAGUUGUCAUUUUUGUACCAUCAUCUUACAUUCAUGUAAUGAAAUUAUGGAAUAGAGUAAAAACUAGCUCUUAACUUAGUAAUUAUAAUAUGGUAGUUAAAAUCAGGUCACUACAGGAGGAUUCUAAAUAGUGCCAAUUGAAAAGCCAGAAUCAUUAUUACUGUUGCAAAGGGUUGGCAUUAAUGGCCUCCAAGAGCAUUUUAAAUAGUUGGAUUCCACAACUGUCUUAUAAACCCAAGUAAUAAAAUGGGUUUUCUAAUUCACUUUAA